CCCCCUCGCUCUGGCAGGCACGCACUGCGCAUGCUCCCGUCUCCGCAGCUCUAAGGCCGCCUAGCCGCCAUGGGCCGCGCCUCUAAAAAUCCGAAAGGCAGAAAGAGCUCGGGCGGGAGGGCCGCUACAGCCUCUCCCCCGUCCUCACCGCCGCCGCUUGGCCCCACCGAAGCCUCCUGCAAAGGCUCCGAGCGCCGCGGGGCGCGCGUGGCCAGCGGCGGCGUCGCCUCGUGAUGACAUCGUCGGAUGACGCGGCGCAGUGACGUGAACGCGGGCGCCCUUGUUUGGGAGCGCGGCCGGCGCGCCCGUUUUGAAGCUUCCCUGAGCAGCGCGGGCCGGACCGCGCCCCCUGCUCGGUCCCCGCGCCCCGCCAGUCCGCGCAGUUCCCGAGGCCCGGGCCCUGUUCCCUGCGCCGCGCCCGCUCAGCUGGCAGUGCUCGCAUCCCCGAGGUCGAUCCGGGCCGGACCGAAGCCCCCGGGGCUGGGCGGGGCGCGGGCGUCCGGGGGCGCCCCGGGCCCAACCCCCGCCAUGCCGCCCGGCAAGGUCCUGCAGCCGGUCCUGAAGAUGAAGGUGGACGAGCUGUUCCUGUACUGGCUCAGCGAGGCCAGCACGCAGCGGAUGCUGCAGGACUGCCUGCGCCGGAUCAAGGCGCCCGGGCGGGACCAGCCGGCCGCGGGAGAGGGGGAGCUGCCCGGGGCCUGGCCUGCAGCCACUAUCGCCGCCCCCAGGCCCAGCGGCCUCGACCCCCCGGGAACCACCGGGCCGGGCCCUGCGCUGCCCCUGGGCGCCGCCUCCAGCCCCAGGAACGCGCCCCACGCUCGAGGCACCCGUAGAUCCGCAGGGACGAGAGUAGUUCAGACGCGGAAAGAAGAGCCUCUGCCCCCGGCCACAAGCCAAAGCAUUCCGACCUUCUACUUCCCCAGAGGACGCCCGCAGGACUCUGUCAAUGUGGAUGCCGUCAUCAGCAAGAUCGAGAGCACUUUCGCCCAGUUCCCCCACGAGAGGGCCACCAUGGAUGACAUGGGUCUGGUGGCCAAGGCCUGCGGCUGCCCCCUCUACUGGAAGGCGCCGCUCUUCUAUGGCGCCGGCGGGGAGCGCACGGGCUCCGUGUCCGUCCACAAGUUCGUCGCCAUGUGGAGAAAAAUCCUCCAGAACUGCCACGAUGACGCGGCCAAGUUCGUCCAUCUGCUCAUGAGCCCCGGCUGCAACUACCUGGUGCAGGAGGACUUUGUCCCCUUCUUACAGGACGUGGUGAACACGCACCCGGGGCUCUCGUUCCUGAAGGAGGCGUCCGAGUUCCACUCGCGCUAUAUCACCACGGUCAUCCAGCGGAUCUUCUACGCCGUGAACCGGUCCUGGUCCGGCAGGAUCACCUGCGCCGAGCUGCGGAGGAGCUCCUUCCUGCAGAAUGUGGCGCUGCUGGAGGAGGAGGCGGACAUCAACCAACUGACCGAAUUCUUCUCCUACGAGCACUUCUAUGUCAUCUACUGCAAGUUCUGGGAGCUGGACACGGACCACGACCUGCUUAUCGACGCGGACGACCUGGCGCGGCACAAUGACCACGCCAUUUCCACCAAGAUGAUCGACAGGAUCUUCUCGGGAGCGGUCACACGAGGCAGAAAAGUGCAGAAGGAAGGGAAGAUCAGCUACGCCGACUUUGUCUGGUUUUUGAUCUCUGAGGAAGACAAAAAAACGCCGACCAGCAUCGAGUACUGGUUCCGCUGCAUGGACCUGGACGGGGACGGCGCCCUGUCCAUGUUCGAGCUCGAGUACUUCUACGAGGAGCAGUGCCAAAGGCUGGACAGCAUGGCCAUCGAGGCCCUGCCCUUCCAGGACUGCCUCUGCCAGAUGCUGGACCUGGUCAAGCCGAGGACCGAAGGUGACGCCCCUUCGAAGGGGAAGAUCACUCUGCAGGACCUGAAGCGCUGCAAGCUGGCCAACGUCUUCUUCGACACCUUCUUCAACAUCGAGAAGUACCUCGACCACGAGCAGAAAGAGCAGAUCUCCCUGCUCAGGGUGAGUGCGGCGGGCACGCGGGCUGGGCUGCGCCACGCCGUGUACGUAACGUGGGUGCUUCCUCCAGGAC